AUGGUCACUACCAGGGGAGGUAACAAGCGCGCCGCGUCUCCAGAUGUGGACGUCAAAGUGGAGCCGAAGAAACGCGGAAGAAAAGCCGCGGCUCAGCCGGUGGACGACAGCGACUCCGAUGCUGACCAGACAACUCCUCCCAAGAAAGAGGUCAAGAAGGAGGCGAAGAAGGAGGUGAAGAAGGAAGUCAAAAAGGAAGGCAAUGAUGAAGAACCAGGCUUCAAGAAAAACUCCAAAUACGAAAACAGCAAGACGGACGUCUCAGACGGUCAAUACGCAAAAGCCAAGAAUCUGAUCAUCCCGGUUGAUGAAGUAUGCCCACUUGCAAACUCCUUCCAAAUCUACGUUGACGACGYCAACAUAAUAUGGGACGCGAACCUCAACCAGACCAAUUCUGGAAAGAACAACAACAAAUUCUACCGCGUGCAGCUGCUCACAAACGCCAAGGGUACCCAGUUCUACACUUGGACAAGAUGGGGUCGCGUCGGUGAGCGUGGCCAGAGCAAACAGCUGGGAGAUGGAGAACUUGACACUGCUAUCAAAGAAUUCCAGAAGAAGUUCAAGGACAAGUCAAGACUGGCUUGGAAGGAUCGCGGCAACGCUCCCAAGCCUGGACAGUAUGUCUUUCUGGAGCGCAGCUACGAGCCUGACUCUGAAGACGAAGAUGAGAAGCAGGAAGACGAAGACGACGACGAGAAAGCUGGCCCUGCUGACCAUAAGGGUGAACGCUCUCGGAGCACUUCACCUGCGAAGUGCACACUCGCUCCUCCAGUCAAGUCGCUCGUGGAGCUUAUCUUCAAUCAGGAGUACAUUGACUCCACCAUGGCGGACAUGAAUUACGACGCAAAGAAGAUGCCAUUGGGCAAGCUCUCGAAACCAACCAUCACACGUGGUUAUCAAGCUCUCAAGGAUCUUGCCGCUCUACUCGACGACAACACUCUUGAUCAAUCGGGUGUUGAGGAUCUGAGCAAUCGGUAUUACUCGUACAUCCCGCACGAAUUCGGACGCAACAGGCCGCCAAUCAUCAACACGCACGAGCGCCUCAAGAAAGAGGUCCUCCUUCUCGAGAGUUUGACAGAUCUCAAGGAUGCAGACGCCAUUCUGAAAUCGGACAAGCACAGCACCGUGCAUCCUCUUGACUUGCGCUUCAACAAUCUGCGCCUCCAAGAGACCACUCCUAUCGACCGCGGCACUCCAGAGUUUACCAACAUCAAUGACUAUCUUGUGAACAGCAAUGUUCACGGCAUCAACUACGAUCUCCUUGACGUCUUCCGCAUCGAACGCCAAGGCGAACACGACCGUUUUGAAAAGAGCUUCGGAAAGGUCACUGGUGAUCGCAGGCUAUUGUGGCAUGGCUCCCGCGCUACGAAUUACGGAGGCAUUCUCAGUCAAGGACUGCGCAUAGCUCCUCCCGAGGCACCUGUUUCCGGAUACAUGUUUGGAAAGGGAAUCUAUCUCGCAGAUGCCUCGAGCAAAUCAGGCAACUACUGCGCAAGUUACAUUUCCGGUGGUCACGCCCUGCUGCUCCUGUGCGAAGCCGAACUUGGGAAGCCAAUGCAAACCCUCACCAACGCUUCAUACUCUGCCGGCGACGACGCUCUCGCCCAAGGUCUCCAUUCUACAUGGGGACAGGGCUCCACCGGUCCUUCCGGCUGGAAGGAUGCAAAGUGCGUUCACCCAUCGCUGGAGGGCGUUAGCAUGCCGGACACAAAGAAGAAGCUAGGGCCGACCAACGUCCCUAGUGCAUCCCUGUUGUACAAUGAGUACAUCUGUUACGAUGUCGCUCAAGUGCGUCUCCGAUACCUUUUGCGAGUCAAAAUGUGA